ACUUUCACGGCCAUUAAACGACGUCGUUUUUUGCACGAGGGAUAAAGAAGAGGCAGAGAGGGAGUGGGGGAAGAACGAAAAUGAAGGCGUUGGGAUGGUGGCUGAUAGCGGUGGGCACGCUUCGAUUGGCGUCCGUUUGGUUCGGUUUCUUCGAUAUUUGGGCUCUUCGACUCGCCGUCUUCUCCAACAGUGCCAUGACUGAAGUUCAUGGACGCACAUUUGGAACUUGGACACUGUUAACCUGCACUCUUUGCUAUAUCUGCGCAUUCAACCUUGAUAAUAAGCCUCUUUACCUGGCUACUUUCUUGUCAUUCAUCUAUGCAUUUGGUCAUUUCUUGACCGAGUAUCUAAUUUAUCAUACCAUGGCGAUUUCGAAUCUGACUACUGUUGGCAUAUUUGCAGGUAUGAUAAAUUUUAUUCUCUUGUCCCAUCAAAUUGACAU